AUGCAGGCGGCAACUUCGCAUCCAACGACGGCCGCGUCAUUGUCGCCUCCACUGCAUAAUAUCGUCGUCCACGUUGCAACGCAGCUGCCGCCGAAACGACACAGUCGCCGCCGCCGCCGUUCGUGGUUGCACCGGAAAAGAGUAACGACGGCGGCGGCCGCUUCGGAAGAGGCGUUCGACGAGGGUGUGUGCGUAUGUGUGUGCUGCAGCAGGAGGAGAGGCGUUGCAGCAGCUGCCUCGCACUGGAACUGCGGUCCGCUGCCGCCGAAAGCAAAACGAAGAUUACGCGCACCCGAUCCAUGUAAUGUGUUCAACGACGCGUGGGACAAGUCACAUAAAAGCUUUUUCCGAAAUUAUAGAAUUUAUUAUCGUACGCGUGUGUGCGGUUGA